AAUAUUUUGAUCUCGAUUGAAACUGAAUUUCUUGAAUGUUUACCUUGUUUUAACUCAUUUACCUCAUUUAAAUAACACGGAUUUGUGAAAUUUGCUGAUGUGCUUGGAUAUAUAACUUGGGGCAGCUCCAUAGAAUUUAGGUUGAAAACUAAAUUUACUCCGUGUAUGAGGAAUGUGUGAAUCCAAUUGCUUCACGACAUUUCAUCAUAUCAUUUCAUAAAUAAGCAUGCUUGUAAGUGCAUAGAAGAUUUUGUACAUCAUGAAGCGUAAGGAAACAGACUCAGAACUGGAAAUGGAUAUCCAAAUUCAACAAGUACAAAGCAAUAGUGCAAUAAUAAACUCCCUAAACGCGGACUGCUGGCGUCUCAUCUUAGACUAUUUAUCAGUUAAGGAGCUUCUGCAGACGGAGCUGACAUGCAAAGAUUGGCAAAAGCUGGUGCUCGAUCACAUAUCACAUCGGCCGAUCGUUAUCCACAGUAUGGAAAUUGACGAAAAUACCCUAAUAUUAAGACAGUCAAGUGACGCGUGGUGUUCGUUCAAACGUUGGCUGAGGAAGUGUGGCCACUCCGUUCAGGACUUCGACAUGGAUUGUAAACAUUACAAGGAUGUCGUGGAGACCCUUAGGGACAACUGCCCCAACUUAGUAGGCCUUAAGUUGAGCAGGUUAAAGAAGAAACUGUCGCCGACCGGCGCGCUCCACUUCCAGAAACUGACGUGGCUCGUGUUCGACUGCUGCGACGAGGUCACAGACGAUUGCGUCAGUCAAUUUCUAACAAACAGCUUAGAGGAAUUACGUAUUACUUAUAACAAGCGAGUAACAGGCAGAUUUCUUAACAAUUUGAAACCCGUUAAUAACAUGAAAAGUCUCGCCCUAAAACAUUGUAGAGCCUUGAGGUUCCCAUUUCUGCUGUCCGUCGCAGACCGUUUAACCAAUCUGACCGUACUAGAGUUAUGGAAACGGAAUCGUAGCAAAAUAGAAAUACGGGAUAAGCUACACUUGCUAUUUGGGAAAAUGCCUAAUUUAAGGGAGAUAGACAUAGAAAUCUACGAUAUGCUGAGAAGGCCUGACGAAGAGCGCCGUCUGACUGAGAGCAAUGUGUUUUUCGAGUCGAUAUGUCGGCUCAAGAGGUUGGGUCGGGUGAAUGCGAACUUCCAAGUGUGGGAUAACCAUCUGGAGGCUUUGGCGAGCAGCUGCAAGGAGUUGAUGGCUGUGGACUUGAUAUGCAAUCACAUAACGCGGCGCGGUCUGGACGCGCUGUGCCGCCACGUCGGGCCGCGCCUGCUCGAGCUCAACCUGGCCGAGAGCCUGCUCACCGACGACGACGUGGCCGCGUGUGUGUACGCCUGCCCCAAACUACUGUCCCUGGACCUGUCCGACUGCCCGAUGCUGGUGUCGGCCGUGCGGCGCGUGGCGGCGGCGCGGCGCGACAUGCGGCAGGACGCGAAGUACUCCGCCGAGACGUUCCUGCGCCUCCCCCUGCCGCUCACCAUGAGCAGGUGGGACUUCUACGGGGACGCGGAGGACUUCAAGGAUGUCGUCGACGUGCGUUUUAAUAGCGACGGUUAUUCCAGCGUGGAACGUCAAUACUGAACCAUCAGACCACUUAUCGUCUUAUUUGUGACCCUUACGCCAAAGACAGAGAGAAAUUUGUAAGUAUAGAGUGCUCACUCCAUACAUCAUUUUUGUUACAAAAACGACUGUUGUUUUCGUAGUCGACAUGUAGCGUCAAGUAGCAGAAUUAUCAGUACUACUACUUGACACAAGAUGUCACGUGUGUCGCGACUGACGAAAAAUAUAUUGAUCAACAAUUUACAAUAUAACUAAUAUAACAAGCAGGAGUUGAAAAUAGAGUUCCGGUUAAUACGGUUAUAAUAUUAGCUGAAAAUUAUUGUGCAUUAGACUGUCCGUUCGUCGCGACAUCUAUUGUCGAGUAGCAGUACUCAUAAUUCCGCUACUUGACGCUAGAUGUCGACUACGAAAAAAGGCUCAUUUAUAGUUCGUUUUUUUUAGCAUUAGAAAGAACUCCACAGAAGCAAGCGUGCAGUUUUUGUCAGGCUCUUUAAUUGUUAAUAAUUAUUGAAUUAUCUAAUGUAGCAUGGUCAAUGCAUAUAAUUUACAUCAAAGUAUUACCGCUAAAAGUGCCGGAUUUGGAACCACAAGCUUACUUCUGCGAAGUUCUUUCUAAUGCUAAAAAAAACGGACUAUAGACGGCGCGUGAACUCGCAUGCGAUUUUAGUUACAUUGCGGACUGUUCGUUACGUCCAAUUCAACCGACCGAUCAAAACCCCGCAAUGUAAUAAACUCGCAUGCGCUCCUAUAGUCGUUUUGGUCAGGCGUGGCUCACUCCGCGAUUUCGUCGCUUUGCUACAGUUAGCUAAAAGUACAUCCGUUCCACACCAAUUUUGGUGGCUAGCCAUAAGCCGCGCGUGGCGCUGUCGCCACCUAGCGGCCAUGCCUGUCCUGAUCGUAACAGACGCGUUUUGUUAGAGAGUGAGUCUUCUGUACUAUUAUUUAUUCUGUGUUUUGGUAACAAAACUGAUCUAUGGAGUGAGCACUCUAUGGUUACUUAUUUUUGGCAAAGACGUCAACUGACGCGCGCGACUACAGCGCAAUAUCGACCUUCGUGCAUUCGCAACAAGGUUCACAAUGACGCGCCGCGCACGGCGUGGCGUUGAAAGGUCCGACGGUCCAAGGUCGAGGGCACCUUGGUCGGGGCG